GAAUUAGCAUUAAGUCGUCAGAGAAUUACAAUUUUAAGACAACAUCCCUUUUACCAUUUGGAGGUUCAUUUGGUUUGUGCCACCAAUUUGCUGGCAAAAGACACCUGCGGAACCAGUGAUCCGUACGUGAAAUUUAAGAUUGGAAAUAAAAUUGUAUAUAAAAGUCGAAUUGUUAAUAAAUGUCUGGACCCCAAAUGGGACGAGUAUUUUGUAAUUCCCAUUGAAGAUGUCUUUCAGCCCGUCCUCAUCAAAGCAUAUGACUAUGAUUUUGGAUUUCAGGACGACUUCCUCGGCGCCACUUCUAUUGAUUUGACAAAACUUGAUCUCCAACAUCCAACAGAUUUGCAUUUAGCUUUGACUGAAUCGGGUUUAGAGGCAGAUACAGGCGCUCAAUCAUGGGGUGAAAUAUUUUUAACGGUCACUCUAAUUGCUAAAACUCAGGAAGAAAAAGAAAUGCACUUCAGUCGCGGCACAAAGACUGUGAGUGUAGGAAGUGGUGGCGAAACAGCAGUCAAGAAACUAAAGACUCAACUUUGGGAUAGUGUUGUGAAUAUAGUAGAUGACUUCUUAAUGAUCAAAGAGAAAAGGAUAUUGGGUGUACACCGUGGGAAAAUGAUAUCAGAAUUGUCUACAAAGAAUGUCUUCACAUUCGAGUGCCUAUUGCGAGUGGACUUCGAUAUAGUGAUGGCAUCGGUGUCGUCGCGACUCCUUUUAAUUGCUUACCUUCAGUGCAUAUACUGUCGAGACGGGAGGGCUGUCGACGAGGACUCGAAGACGAAUUGUUGCGUUUAA